AUGCCGUUGCUUGGGGAGAACCUCCCGAGCCCAGAGCUGGACCACGAAAACAAGAGACACUCGUCAGGACGAAAGCGCCGACACCAGACCGAAAAUUCUUAUAGAUCUUUUGCACUCGCACACCCUGCACGAGGACCCAAUUAUAUCGACAAAGCACAUGUUGUGAAGCACCUCAAGUCCAGACAGUUUCUGCAGGUACAAAAGGUGUCAUCAGAAACAAAUCACUACGUACCAGAUAUCGAUGUGAUAUCCUUCGCCGCGCCAAAAGAUCCCAUCCGGCUUGUCUCGGCUCUGAAGGGCCUGGUGGAAGGGAAAUUAAGCCUGAGAGAUGGACGGCUUGUCCGCUUCAACAAGGAUGAUGUGCUGCUCACCAGGUACCGCGAUGAUGAUUCGGAUUCAACGACCGGGGCUCACUCGCCCAGGAAGGGUUCGAUCAUGGCGCCUCUCGAGAAGAUUGUUGGCCGCGAGGUUAGAGCCAUCCUGAAGAAGGACCACAAGAUCAUCCUGGACGAUGGCCGAAUGUGGACCGCAGCGAAUCACCAGAACAGGUCGUUCGAAUUCACGUCGCUGGAUGCACACGGAGUGAAGACGGUGGCAAGAUGGGUCUUAUCAAGAAGGCGGAUAUCCGGCAUCGAUGACCACCCUCCAGCGUCCUCCUCGACACAGUCAUCGGAAACUAUGUUUCACUUCAGCAUCAUUCGACCGAACACUCGCAAACACGCGGUAUUAGCAUCUUUGACAUCGUCAUCCCUUCAGAUCAAGGACAGUUACUAUGAGCCGGCCACCAGCUUUGGCAGUUCAGAAGAUUUUGAGUCGGCACCGAAGGUGGUCGACGAGGUUACAAGAAGUGUUAUCACGGUUACGGCAGUCUGGGUAGUCCUUACCCUCGGAUGGUCGCCGACCUACAAACCCGACAUGGUAGUUGAGAGACAUAAACUGAUUUUGAAUGAUUAA